AUGAAGACUAUGAAGUCACGCCGUCCCGGAGGUGACCGCGGGGGUAUCCGCAAGCGGGGCGCUACUCGUACCGACCGCGAUGGUGACAUGGACAUGGAUGGUCCUGGUGGACGUGGAGGCAAACGUCGCGGUGCAGGUCAAACUCGUCCAAGUGGCUCUGGCUCUGGAUCCAGCGCCGGAGUGUCUCGUCCAACUCGCCCUGGCGGUGAUCGGCUCCAGGCACGCGACAAGACCUUGAAUGCCAUUCAAAAGGCACUCCUGGACAGUCGCGAAACCCAGGCGAAUAUUCGCAAGGGCAAGACCAACGCCUCGGGAAACCUGGAGUCUUACUCUGUUCGCGGCUGGAAGACAAGCAACGCUUCCAAUCAUCGAGACGGUGGUGUUGGCAGUUUGCUUGGCUUCCUCGAGAGAAAAAUCGACGCCCUCACCAAAUCAGGACCGCGCGCGAAGAUUACAAAGUCGCGCGUCGAAGGCGACUCCCUUGUGGUUUCCGUUCGGCCCGAGCUGGCUGACAGAAUCCUCCGUGUGAACGGCGCUCUUUUUGCUGGAGUUCGUAUCGUCGUCGAGCCCUAUGAUGGCUCUUCAAGCGCCGCGAUUGAUCGUGAACUGGGUACCACCUCGAGCACAUCCCCGUCUACUGCCGACACUAAAUCCAAGAUGACGAUGAUUCUAUCUAAGCGAUACUACCCCGACACGAAGCUCCUCGACCUCUCCAAACUUUCGUCAGACCCGGACCUCGUCGCCAUGGGUAUCUUCAACCAAACCUCCACCGAAUCCAAGUUCUUUCCUGCCUUGAUGAAGGUUUGGGAGAUGGGAUUCACCGAUGCCAAGCAGCGACGCGAAGCGGUCGACAGUGUGAGCUUGGCUCAUAAUUCCUUGACAAAUGUCACUGCUGUGACCACACUCUCUCAGACUUUUCCUGAUCUCAAGAACUUGGAUCUCUCCCAUAACAACCUGAAGGAUGAUCGCUCGAUGAGCGCAUGGCGCUGGAAGUUUCGCAACUUGGAGUUUCUUGAUUUGACCGGGAAUCCCUUCAGUACCGAGCCCACUUUCAAGGAAACGUUGAUGAAGUGGUACCCCAGCCUGCAAACGCUGAACAAUGUGCUUGUACGCACGCCUGAGGAAAUUGCGGCGCAAAAGAAAACGCCUAUCCCGGUUCAGCCUCCACAUUUCCAAGACGAGGGCCAGAUUGCCGAGAAUUUUAUUCGAGCAUUCUUUGUCCGCUUUGAUAGCAACAGGGAGGAACUCGCCCGGAGUUUCUACGACAGUCAUUCGGAGUUCACCAUGAACAUCAACACAUCUGCCCCCAAGGCGCAGCAGACCGAAUCUGCCGGAUGGGACCCUUACAUCAAGAAGAGUCGAAAUCUCCUCAAAAUCAACCAUCUCCCCGCUCGCAUGUCUCGCUCCUACAUCGGUACGGCCAAGGUCCUUGAAGUUUGGAAAGAUCUCCCAGAGACUCGCCACCCCGAUGUGACCGCUCGCCCCGAGGAAUAUUUGAUUGAAUGCUAUCCUGUCCCUGGCUUACCAGACCUCACCGGACAAAGCCCCACCGGCGUCGGUGGUCUUCUGGUCAUGGUUCAUGGCAAGUUUGAAGAAAAUGUGGCAGGAAAAGUUGAGACACGCAGUUUCGACCGCACGUUUGUCAUCGGUCCUGGCAGUGGCUUAGGAGGCAUUCGCGUCAUCAAUGAUAUCCUAUGCCUUCGAGCUUACGGUGGUCAUGAAGCGUGGAGUCCCGAGAACCAGGCCAUCCCAUACGCAACUGGCCCCGCCGCCAUCGCUGCUGGUGCGAGCGCUCCUGUAGCUGCCAUUCCUGCCGCGCCCCUGGCAACGUUGCCUACGCCUGUACCUGCACCCACUCCCGCUCCCAUCCCUGCGCCACUUGCUCAAGCCGGCUUUCCCCCUGGAUACGGGGUACCCGGCCCUGGAAAAACCGAGACUCAGGUGCAGCAGGAGCAGAUGAUCGCACAGAUGAGUGCCAAGUCGGGCAUGACGCUUCAAUUCUCGGAAAUGGCACUAUCCGGAAAUGGCUGGAACUUUGAAGCCGCCUGGAAAAACUUUGAGGAACUCAAGGCAUCGGGCACUCUACCCGCCAGUGCCUUCUUAGCUCCAGUCUAA